GCCAUGACAACGAUAGAAGGACUGCUAAAGCGGCUCAAGGCUUGCGAGAACGACUCUGAAAAGUUUGCCCUCCUUAUUGUAGUAUCCAAAGUGAUCAAGCCGGAUCUAAUGUCACCUGAACUGCAAGAGAAACUGUCCCAGGCUGUCUCGUUUAGGUUCGUGUCCAGACUCUUGAGGGUGGAUUCUCGUCGAGAGAAUUCCGGUCUGUACUGGCAGAUAGCAGCUGCUGUUAUGAAAACUUGUUUCCUCAGUGAAGCUUAUUUGGUUCCUUUGCUGGAGUGUGCUGAUCGUCUCAUCGAAGUAACACUCGAAUCCAAAGAGACUGAUCUCAAACAAGACGUUCUGGGCAUAUUCCAGUUUUUAGCCCACGCCAUCAGCCCAGAACAGGGGGUACAGCUAUUAGACAAACUGUUAUCAGUUAAUGUUCAGGACUUUGAGGAUGUGAUCGAUUGGUGUUCUUUGAUAGGUCUUUUGUUCAGGAAACUUCAUCAAGGUGGACACAGCAAUAGCAAAACCGAAAAGAGCUAUAUUUCGACAGCUGAAAAAGUCAUAAACAGCGUUGAAACUGAGUCUCCGACCUCAGUGGAUAAGAAUUUGAACUUGCUGGUUGGUGCUAUUCAACUUGUAUCCAGCACCCCUCUCCUCUACCAAAAGAUCCCUAGCUUCUCCACAGUCCUAUCUGUACUGAGAACCUCUUCAAGUCUAAAAUUCCAGCUAAUAAACGACAAGUCCUUUUAAAAGUAGCUCCCUUUCUAACGGAGGUUUACUCGUGUUCUUCCUGGGGAGGCACUAAGAUUUGCUACUCCUUGACAUGCAUUGAACUGAAGCUAGCCCUGGAGGAGCUGGUGCACAGAUUUGAGGAGUCAGAAGAGGUUGGAGUGUCAGAUAGGUGUCUGGAGACUGUUGUGGUGUGUUGUGGAACUAUUGAGAAUUGCAUUAGUGAGAUGGUCGAUGAGAACAAUAAAUUGGAAGGUGAAGUAUUGCAGGGGAUUAUUGAUGAUAUCCGAAUGGCGAUGACAAGCAUCAUGUUUUACAUACAGAAGGGACUCUACGAGCAAGCCACAUUUGUACCUGCUUUGAGGUUGUUCAUGCGGUGGCUUUCGGACGAUUCAACGGAUGUUAACGAAAUAAUCUCCACUUUUAGUGCUCUCAAAGACUUUUAUUUUAUUAAUCAAAACUACUCCGACUAUGGGGGCUUUUUGGUUUCUGCUGUCAUUUUCCAGAUGGAGGACAAGAAAUUUAGAGAAUACGUUCAAAAUGAUUUGGUUUACUUUUUACUCGAAAUUUCUCUUGGUGGUCAGAACUCCUCGAACCCUUUGUACUUGCUCCAAUAUUCAACGAUCUUUUAACAUAUGACAUAUUUUUGGACUUGGAAAAAGUAUCUGAAGGGGAAGGAGUAUCCCAGAGUUUAUGUAACCUCUUUUGUCACGAGGACAAGGUUUUAUCGACCUCCUCGCUAUGUCAGAUACAAGUUUGUUCCUAUCUGUUAUUGUGUCUUACCAAGAGAAAUCAACCACUGCAGUCCGUGUGUGGCCAUUACACCAGCAGUGGAUGGACUUGUAAAGCCAUUAAUUACCUCAUCUCUCCUUUCAGAGGAGUGGAAUCUUCAGAGGAUUUGGCCGGUUUAAAAAAUGUGUGGCUGAGCUCAGUACAUUCCAUUUAUGAUUUGAUUGAAAAAUCCUCCGAGGAGAUUCUGUUCGAUGGUGUGGAUAUGGAUGUUUUGAUCAGGAAAAGUGCGAACUAUUCAGAGGUUGGGGAUGAGGUUGCCGGGGCACUUGAAGAGUUGUUGUCACUCAUUGUCAGUUCAAGUUGACAUUUAAAAAUAUUUAACCGCUAAUAUAUUAUAUUUUUUUAACAAAUUUAAUUUAUCCGUUUCUUGUGUU